CCCUCCAACCAACGUAACUGAAACCUGGACCGGACUGAAGGGGAGAAAAAGAAAAUCUCCACAGGCCAGUCGCCGGUCUCGCCGGCCUUCUCAGACCACCCCCAUUGCCCAGGCAGCUAUAAGUUCUCGCUGGGCAAGGCGGCCCCUCAUCCCAUCCCAUCCCAUCCCAUCCAUCUCGGAGCAGAGGCAAUCCAAGAAAAGUCCCUGUUCGAAGUUGGGAGUCAGUAGAGGAAUCGUCUGGAGUCUUCUUGUUUUGUGCUGGGUCCAGCUCCAGCGGUGGGAGCUCCUGACGUAAAGAUUUGAACUUUGAGGUGUUGGGGCUAGGCUGAGGAUGGCGUUUGCGGUCACUGACGAGCUGCUGGGCACCUUCGUGCCGAUAGCGGUGUACUGGCUGUACUCAGGGCUCUACAUCGUGCUGGAUGUGCUGGGGAUGGACGACUACCGGCUCCACCCCAAGGGGGAGGAGGCCAAGAACAUAGUGUCGAAUUGGACGGUCGUCAGGGGCGUCCUCGUCCAGCAGGCGUUCCAAAUCGCCGUCUCGCUGCUUCUCUUCACGGUCCUUGGUGAUGAAAGUGGGACUGUGAGGAAGCAACCACCUGCUCUUGUAAUAGCGUUGCAAUUUAUCAUUGCAAUGUUUGUUAUGGACACAUGGCAGUACUUCAUGCACAGAUACAUGCACGUGAACAACUUCUUGUACAAGCACGUCCACUCCAAGCAUCACACUCUUGUCGUCCCUUUCGCCUUUGGAGCUCUCUACAACCACCCCCUCGAGGGACUCAUUUUGGACACCAUCGGUGGUGCGCUCUCAUUCCUCAUCUCCGGCAUGACCCCAAGGACGGGCAUAUUCUUCUUCUCCCUCGCAACCAUCAAAACCGUCGAUGAUCACUGCGGUCUGUGGCUUCCUGGGAACAUCCUCCACGUCUUCUUCAGCAACAACAGCGCUUACCAUGACAUUCACCACCAACUCUACGGCAACAAGUACAACUUCUCGCAGCCCUUCUUUGUCAUGUGGGACAAGAUCCUUGGAACAUACAUGCCCUACACUCUUGAGACGCGCAAGGGAGGCGGGUUCGAGGCACGCCCGGUUAAGCUCAACCAAGCUUAGCAGUCCAAGACUGAUUACGCAGUGUUGUUCUCCUGUUGCCUACUACUUGCCCUGAUUUUUUUCCUAACUACAUUUGUGUUGUGGUAGUCUUUUUCCUGUCCAUAUAUUAAAAUCCUUUAGGCAGAUGCAGAUGCCAUCGUGUACCAAGAUAUAGCAAAUAAAGCAUCUCGUUAAAGAAAAUCCACUCAGUUUUUU